CGGAUGUCGCCUGACCGACCUGACAUUAGUCGAAGAUGGCGGUGAAUGGCGGCGUACGUCUCUUGCUCGUAGGAGUUUUGUGUACUUUUCUCUUGAAACUGUGCAAUGGCGCGGCGACGGACAUCAAAUUGGACGCCAAGGCUCAGCUGUUGCACCGGCUCGACAGUCUCAAUCUCCUGCUCUACACGUUCCUAUUGAUUUUAACCGUUUUAACAAUAUGGAUGUUCAAGCACCGCCGCUUGAGGUUCCUCCAUGAAACUGGUCUGGCUGUCAUCUACGGCUUAAUCAUAGGAGCGAUAAUACGUUAUGGUUUCACAACGAGCAGCACUAUUCUGCAUAUGCCGGUGGUUCCAGAUAAUUCGAGCAAAUAUAAUCAGUCUGUACCACCGGACACGCUAUGGUUACGUUUCCCGGAAGACAAGGGUGGCGGUGUCGUGAAGAACAAAACAUUUGCGUAUUCGUUUCGUGGCGAAAUUUACAAGGAAGAUAAUGAAAUCGAUUUGAAGGCAACUUUUGAUCCUGAAAUAUUUUUCAAUAUCAUAUUGCCUCCCAUUAUUUUCCAUGCUGGAUAUAGUUUGAAGCGUAGAUACUUCUUCAGAAAUUUAGGUGCAAUUCUCAUGUAUGCUUUGAUAGGAACCUCUAUAUCAGCUUUUGUUAUUGGAGCUCUGAUGUAUGCCUUUGUACAAUUGAUACCACAUCUCUCCACGUCGUUCACGUUUCUGGAUACCCUAUACUUUGGCGCUCUAAUAUCGCCUACGGAUCCUCUGACAAUAAUAUCUAUCUUCAACGACCUACAUGUAGACGUUAAUCUAUAUGCUUUGGUAUUCGGCGAGAGUGUAUUGAACGAUGCGGUCGCCAUUGUACUUAGUGGAUCAAUACAGAACUACGCAGAACGAUACCAGUCGGGAUCGGGUGGUUUCGAAACCGUGGCGUUCUUUCAGGCGUUCGGAGACUUUGUUGAAAUAUUUAGUUUGUCUCUCUUUAUCGGUGCUACGAUGGGGUGCAUCACUGCAUUAUUGACCAAGUUCACCAGGGUUCGAGACUUUCCUCUCUUAGAAUCGGCGUUAUUCGUUUUAAUGUCAUAUAGUACAUUUUUAAUUGCCGAAGCUACCGAUCUUACAGGCGUGGUUGCUGUUCUCUUCUGUGGAAUAUGCCAGGCUCAUUACACGUACAACAACCUGAGUCUGGACUCGCGCCAGCGUACAAAACAACUGUUCGAGCUGUUAAAUUUCUUAGCCGAGAAUUUCAUAUUUAGUUACAUCGGCGUUUCGAUGUUUACCUUCCCAAAACAUCAUUUCGAUCCUGGCUUUAUUUUCGCAGGAUUUCUAUGCGCGUUACUGGGUCGCGCGGCUAAUGUUUAUCCGUUAUCCUUCAUACUGAAUCUGGCGCGAAAGCCGAAGAUAUCGUUAAACUAUCAGCACAUGCUGUUCUUCGCAGGGUUGCGUGGCGCCAUGAGCUUCGCUCUCGCCAUCAGGAACACCGUGUCGGACGCCAGGCAAGCUAUGUUGACCACGACUAGCUUGAUUGUUAUAUUGACGGUUAUUCUACAAGGAGGUGCAACAACGCAAUUUUUAAGCUGGUUCAAUAUUCCAGUCGGAGUAGAUGAAGAAAUAGAAGGACUUUCUCAUAAUGGAACGCGUAGUUCUGGCGGCGAGGGUGGCUACGGUGAUCUGGACAUACGUAGGGGAAGAAGUCCGCCGUAUAAUUCUAUGCAGGACGGAUCGUUACCAGGCGGCGGUAGUAGCAGUGGUAUCGGUGGCACGAAACCUAAUGAAAAGGCGUUGCUCGCGAGAAUUUGGGGCGAUUUUGAUACCAAAUACAUGAAGCCCUUGUUAACGCAUUCCAGGCCUACGUUAUUAGAAACGUUGCCGGUCUGUUGUAGUCCGCUAGCAAGAAUUCUCACAACCACGCAACAAAUGACGCAGGACGAAGUUGCGAGGAAGGUCGAUUCAGAUUCGGAUUUCUGCUUGGAAGAUCGCGAGAUGGAACGACGCAGGACCAGCGUUCAGCCGAGAGAGAGAAACGGUGACGGUGAUGAUUCCAAUUCCGAUGACGAAGACCUCAGACUCAUCGGAAUGAACGGAUUUAUUCCGUUACGAACGUUGUAGCCGGGAAAACGCUCGACGAACGAUGUGUACCUAAGACCUAUACGGCAAAAGACAGAUUCUCCUCUUUGAAUAAUUGCGAAUAGGUCAUAACACGCGGUGAUUUUUCGAAAGUAUUAAUAUGUACGUAUAGUUUUAAUGAGAACGAAGAUGAUAUAUGCCGAUUUGUCGGUUUUUUUUUAAUUAUAAUAUAUAAUACAUAUUUUGAAGUAUAAUAUACUUCUAUUUGUACAUAGAGAAUGUUAGAGAAGAAAAUUCGGGACCUGGAGAGAACAUAGUGUUUAUUGAACUGAAUAAGAAACAAUGCUUUUCUAAUCUCAACAGAGUUUUAACGCGCGAGUACCAUGUGCGAGCACUCCCGGAUUCUUUCUUUUCUGACUACUGAAAUGUUUGCCAAAUUCUUUGCGAGGCUCAAACGAUCGAGCAUUAAACAUAAUUUUCAGUGUUCAUUAAUUCUAAUCGCGCGAGAAUUGAUGAUUGCAACUGUAAAGACGGAAAAGGCAUUGAGGCUCUAUUGCUGCUGUGAUCUUUUAAUCCUUACUGUAAAAAGUUAUAUAUUCAUUUUUAUAAGUUCAUUUAUAAGCUGAUACAAAGUGGGGAAAAAGAGUAUUCGUACAUCUUUUUUGAGAUAACUUUACAUGAAAAUGUAAUAUUUCUGACAGAACAGAUCGUUUUCAUAAUAUUGCAACAUUAAUUUUAAUUCUUUGUAAAAUUUUAUUCGAGAAAAUAAGAUUGCGAAUACUUAUUUUACCGACUGUGUGAUCCUCAAGCGUUUUUUUUUUGCAUGCAAUCAAUUUUUAAUGUUAAAGGAUCUCUAGCAUUAAUCACCUCGCAAUCGCGCUGCUGGCAUACUUAUCCGUUUAAUACUUGCAUGCCGCAAUAUACUACUUCACAUGUACCUAUCUUACUUAAUUUACGUUGUUUUCUCCUUUCAAUUGUAUAUUUUUAUGUUAUUUAU